GCGAGGGGGCGGCGGCCGGCGCGGUGACAGCGGCUCCCCGCCUCCGCGGCCCGCCACGUCCCUCACGUAGGCCCGGCCGCGGCGGCGCGGAGCUGCGACCUGCGCCGGAGCUGCGGCUCCUUCGGCGGGGCUCGGCAUGAGGCUGGCGGGGCUGGUGCGCGGAGCCGCCUCUGCCGGGCCGGGCCCGGGGCUGCGCGGCGCCCGCUCCAGCGUCAACCGCAGCCUCACGUCGGGCUCCGGCGCGGGCGCGGCGUCCGAAGGGAACAUUCCGGGCCAAGUGGACUUCUACGCGCGCUUCUCGCCGUCCCCGCUCUCCAUGAAGCAGUUCCUGGACUUCGGAUCUGUGAAUGCUUGUGAAAAGACCUCCUUUAUGUUUCUGCGGCAAGAGUUGCCUGUCAGAUUGGCAAAUAUAAUGAAAGAAAUAAGUCUUCUUCCAGAUAAUCUUCUCAGGACUCCAUCAGUUCAGUUGGUACAAAGCUGGUAUAUCCAGAGCCUUCAGGAGCUUCUUGAUUUUAAGGAUAAAAGUGCUGAAGAUGGUAAAAUAAUUUAUGACUUUACAGAUACUGUGAUACGGAUCAGGAACCGACACAAUGAUGUUAUACCCACGAUGGCCCAGGGUGUGAUUGAAUACAAGGAGAGCUUUGGCGUGGAUCCUGUCACCAGCCAGAAUGUUCAGUACUUUCUGGAUCGUUUCUACAUGAGUCGCAUUUCAAUUAGAAUGUUACUCAAUCAGCACUCCUUAUUGUUUGGUGGAAAAGGCAAAGGAAGCCUAUCUCACCGAAAGCACAUUGGGAGCAUUAAUCCAAACUGCAAUGUUGUUGAAGUUAUUAAAGAUGGCUAUGAAAAUGCUAGGCGUCUGUGUGAUUUGUAUUAUGUUAAUUCCCCAGAACUAGAACUUGAAGAACUAAAUGCAAAAUCACCAGGACAACCAAUACAAGUGGUUUAUGUGCCAUCCCAUCUCUAUCACAUGGUGUUUGAACUUUUCAAGAAUGCAAUGAGAGCAACGAUGGAGCACUGCGCUGACAGAGGUGUUCACCCACCUGUUCAAGUCCAUGUCACACUGGGGCAUGAGGAUUUGACUGUGAAGAUGAGUGAUCGAGGAGGUGGUGUUCCUCUGAGGAAAAUCGACAGACUCUUCAACUACAUGUACUCCACCGCGCCCAGGCCUCGUGUGGAGACCUCCCGAGCAGCACCCCUGGCUGGGUUUGGCUAUGGAUUGCCGAUAUCCCGUCUUUAUGCACAGUACUUCCAAGGAGACCUAAAGCUGUAUUCCCUAGAAGGCUAUGGGACAGAUGCUAUUAUCUACAUUAAGGCUUUGUCAACAGAAUCCAUAGAAAGACUCCCUGUGUACAACAAAGCAGCCUGGAAGCACUACAACACCAACCAUGAGGCUGAUGACUGGUGUGUGCCCAGCAGGGAGCCAAAAGACAUGACAACCUUCCGCACUGCCUAGGUAGACUGAAGACACCUGGGAGGUCCAGAUGGGACUGUUGUAUUAAAUUCGACGGGGACGAUGUUUCAGAACUACCAAAUACUUUCUUUCUUUUUGUGUGUGUCUUUCUUGCAGCUGUUUGGGUAGAAUAAAUGGAAAGUGAGGAAAUAGAGUCCUUGCUCAUAAAUUCCAUUUAUGUUGUCUAGACCUGAGAGAUGAAAUUGUACCUGUAGACACUUGUAUUUUCACAACUAAUUGAACAUUUUUAAACCUG